AUUGUCCGACUCCUUCUGCAUAAAGGAGCACGGAUAGAGCAGUCAAGUCCUCUACAUGGAACAGCACUCUGUGCAGCUGUUUCGAGAGCUCGAUUUGAUGUCGUACAGAUUCUGCUAGAGAAAGGUGCAAACGUGAAUGCUGUUGGAAGUCCUUACGGAAAUGCUCUCCAAGCAGCCGCUUGGGUUGGCAAUGUUGCUAUCGUCGAAGCACUACACAGAAAUGGGGCUGAAAUCAAUGCCAGAGGCGAAGGGGAAUGUACAGCCCUACAGGUCGCGUGUUAUGCAGGUAAUUCCGGUGCAGUACGCUCUCUCCUCGUGAGAGGUGCUGGGGUUGAUAUGCCAGGUGGGAAAUAUGGUCGUGCUCUGGAGGCCGCC